AUGGAUCAAAAUGAAAAUAUUAAUCGGUUUGCCAUUGAGCCUUAUGUGGACAAAACAGGUGAGACGUUUCCGGAUAAACUAAUGCAUGACUCCACUGAUCUUCUUGGGGUUUUGGGCACCGAUUAUGGUGAUUAUGCUCGUAAUAUAUUACGUAUUCUAUAUACCAAAGAAGAAUUACAAACAUCCAUUUUACCACCAGGUAGAACACAUUUGUCAAGAAAACCGCUCGAUAAAGUACGGUUUAAGAAGUUUACAGAUGCCAUGCGAUACAAGUUCAAAUUAACUUCGGUUAAUUUUGGUCAAUUUUAUCGAACAUUAUUACGAAGAAAACUAACAGAUUUUUUAAUUGAAGAACGUCGACGUGAUGAACUCAAAUUAGCUCGUCAAUCAUUGAAAUCACAAGCAAAAGAUACAAGUCAAUCAGAUAUUGAUGAAAUAUUCAAUUAG